GUGAUACUUUCUGUACUGUUACUUCCCUUCACUGCUGGAAUAGACUCUGGAGCCAAGAAUUCUACCUACCAAUUUGCAAUUGUCACUGGUGAACCAACAGUGUUAAAUGCAUCGUCAAUAAUCCAAGUGGCUUCAUUCAAAGAAUGUACAGAGAAGUGUUUGGAAGAGUUUGAUUGUGUCGUGGCUUAUCAGUCAAAUGCAUCAGAUCCUUGUUAUCUGUUCCAGUGGAAUUCGAUUCAAGAGAUUAAGAACAAUGCAUG